UCAACAACGGGGAAGAUUCCUUCUUGGUUUAAUAACUGCACAGCUCGCAUGCCUUGGCCUCGGUCGCAGUGUUCACACGCUGGAGCUAAAGGGCUUCUCUUUUGUUGAACAUAUUUUUUGCUCUCUUAAUGACUUCAAAUUUGUGUUUAUGCAUCAAAGGGAUUCUUUGCUCUCGGAGACAGAAGCGGGAAUCUUUUCGGAUUUUCAGAAGCGUGGGAGAGUGGUCAGUACUGGUGUGUUUUUUUCACACAUUAACUGACGCAAACACAGUCUUGCUGAGUGUUGGAGCAGCAAACAACUCGUCACGGAACGCGAGAACGAGAGACAGACAGACCUUCCAAGGAUGACCCUAGGCACGGAUAUGUCCGACAAUUCUGCCCUGUCCGAGGAUGUGGACAUCGAUGUUGUUGGGGGAGACAUAUCCGUCGGCAAAGAUGGGAAAUACCUGCAUCACCAUCACGACUUCCACUUGGACAAUGACUCGGACGACAACUUGUCCCAGAACGCGGGUGAGAGCGCUUCUUCUCCGGGUCUCAGUAGCUCCGAGUGUCCGGCUGACCGAGUAGAGGUGGGAGGAGAGGCCGGCGGAGGGCCAAUGGGAGGGGAGAAAUCCGGGAAAAACGCACUGGUUAAGCCUCCUUACUCCUACAUUGCCUUGAUCACCAUGGCCAUUCUACAGAGUCCCAAGAAACGACUGACUCUCAGCGAGAUCUGCGAGUUUAUCAGCAACAGGUUCCCCUACUACAGAGAAAAGUUCCCUGCUUGGCAAAACUCCAUCCGGCACAACCUUUCUCUAAAUGACUGCUUUGUCAAAAUCCCACGGGAGCCUGGCAACCCAGGAAAAGGCAACUACUGGACCCUAGAUCCGGAGUCAGCCGACAUGUUCGACAACGGGAGUUUUCUGCGCAGGAGGAAACGUUUCAAAAGGCACCAAUCGAAUGAGAUCCUCAGGGACACUGGCGGAUUCCUGCCAGGGUUCGGGUACGGCCCCUACAGCUACAACUAUGGUCUACAGCUGCAGAAUUUCCAUGCCCAUCACCCCUAUCACCCGCACCAUCCUGGAAGCGCUUUCCCUUUUCAGAACCCCCAGUGCGCACUCCCUUCCCCCGCCUCGAUAUUCCCUGCACCGCAUCCCCUUCCUUCAGUCCUGGGGGCCGACUUGAGAAAGCCGUUUUACCCACAGCUCAGUCCGACUCUGCCGGGCUUGGCGCCUCUGAAAGCGGACGCCAACACUCAAAGCCGUCCCUCUUUCUCUAUAGACAAUAUAAUCGGCGCAGCUAACUCUCCGGCCUCCCCGUUCUCUGCACAGCCGAGCAGCCAGGCGCAGAUCUUGGCAAUGCUUACCCCUGCGCUCGCCUCUGCCUCUAACCACUUGAAUCUCUCGCAGGAAACCCUGCUGCAAUCUGCCGGGGCACAGACCUUCUCCAGCAAAACUACAAACCUAAGCAGUUGUCACUUCUAAUCAGACAACAAAUCAAAAAAGCACAGAAAUCCUGUAAAAUCCAGUAAGAUUCUUUCGCCACGCGCAAAGGUAGGAUAAACA